CCGCCCGGGGUUAGAUCCGCGCCUCGGUCCAUGGAUGAGACGAGCCCCUUGGUGUCUCCGGAGCGCGGCCCGGCCCCGGGGUAUGGGCUGCCUGGGGCUGCCGUGCGCUCCCCGCCCUGCUCCGCCGCUCCCAGCGCCCCCGCCGGACCGUGUCCCUGUCCCUCCCCGCAGGGAUCGCCCUCGGGCGGCCGCGACCGGGAGCGCCAGCCCCUGCUGGAUCGGGCGGCGGGUGCGGAGCGUGGAGGGCGAGGCGCAGCGGGGAUAGCCGGGGCGGCCCAGGUCCAGGCGCCGGCUGGGCUGGGGGCGGGAGUGGCCGCGGCCCGCUGCGAGCGGGAGCCCCGGAACGAGUUCCCCGAUGACCCAGAAUUCGCCGAGGUGGUGCGGCUGGCAGAGCAGGCGAGCGAGCGCGGCAUCUACCCCGAGCGCAUCUACCAAGGCUCUAGCGGCAGCUAUUUCGUCAAGGACCCACAGGGGAAAAUCAUUGGUGUGUUCAAACCCAAGAAUGAAGAACCCUACGGGCAGCUGAAUCCAAAGUGGACGAAGUGGCUGCAAAAACUUUGCUGCCCCUGCUGUUUUGGAAGGGACUGCCUGGUCCUCAACCAGGGAUAUCUCUCUGAGGCAGGUGCUAGCCUUGUUGACCAGAAGCUGGAACUGAACAUUGUUCCCUGCACAAAGGUGGUAUAUUUGGCCAGUGAAACAUUUAACUACAGCGCCAUUGAUAGAGUGAAGUCCCGGGGCAAACGCCUGGCCCUGGAGAAAGUGCCGAAGGUCGGGCAGAGGUUUCAUCGAAUUGGGCUUCCUCCAAAGGUGGGCUCCUUCCAGCUCUUUGUAGAAGGCUACAAGGAUGCAGAUUAUUGGUUGCGGCGUUUUGAGGCUGAGCCUCUCCCAGAGAACACUAACCGCCAAUUGCUGCUGCAGUUUGAGAGAUUGGUGGUGCUGGAUUACAUCAUUCGCAAUACUGACAGGGGUAAUGACAACUGGCUGAUCAAGUACGAUUGCCCCCUGGACAGCACAAGUGUACGGGACUCAGAAUGGGUAGUGGUGAAGGAGCCUAUAAUUAAACUGGCAGCCAUCGACAAUGGCCUGGCUUUCCCACUCAAGCAUCCAGACUCCUGGAGGGCAUACCCUUUCUAUUGGGCAUGGCUGCCCCAGGCCAAGGUGCCCUUCUCCCAGGAGAUCAAGGAUCUGAUCUUGCCAAAGAUUUCAGACCCCAAUUUUGUCAAGGAUCUAGAGGAAGAUCUCUAUGAACUCUUCAAGAAAGAUCCAGGUUUUGACAGAGGACAGUUCCACAAGCAGAUUGCUGUCAUGCGUGGUCAGAUCCUGAACUUGAUGCAGGCCUUGAAAGAUGGGAAGAGCCCCCUUCACCUGGUCCAGAUGCCCCCCGUCAUUGUAGAGACAGCUCGCUCCCACCAGCGCUCCGCCAGUGAAUCGUACACGCAAAGCUUCCAGAGCCGCAAGCCCUUCUUUUCCUGGUGGUAGCAGUUGCCUCUGCACUCAUUGAGGAACCUGAGGACUCGGGGGGAGCAUCCCUUGACAGUGGGCAACCAGUCCUCCAGACCGAGGCAGGCGUGCUGCAGCCAGUGGGAGAUGUAAGCAGGCUCUCCAAUCAGUCUCAACUCUGCACAUUCCCAGCAGGAAGGGAAGGCCCUUCAUCGGACUGACUGCUCCUCCCCUCUCGCUGUGGGCUGGACAUGCCCGCUCCCCAGCCUGAGCAUGGCAGCAUCUCCCAGCAGGUGCCUGCAUGCAGCACCCUUUGGUUCAAGCCAUCCCUGUAAGGCCCAUCUGGGUGGAGAACACAAUAUGUCCUCUGCCUGGGAAGGUUGAUGAUGAGGGGGUAAUCCAUGUUGGGUGGAAGUCCUGCUGCUCUGUGUGCAACUUGCCAGCCUUGAUACUCCUUCCUCUCUCACUGCACCCUCCUGGUUGUCCUGCUGAAGAAGGCAGGGUGUCCUGCCUCGCUAGGCUUGCUCUGUUACCCUUGGUCUUAAGGAGGUGUUCCUGGUGAUCUGUGUCUUGGGGCUGUCCAUAGGGAGCAUGGCCUCUAUAACUGGCUGCUUCUGGAGGGAUCCCAAGUUGGGGCAGAGGGAGGAUUUUAGAUAUUGGGCCAAAACCUGUUGUAGCCACUUUUCUCUGCUUGGGGUAGUGGUAACUGGUAAUGGCAGGUGGAUACUACAAGAGAGUCCUAGAGUGGGAGAGUGUAACUGCUGUGCUUCCCUCCCCUUCCCUCAGGCAGCAAAGGUGGUACAGGCCUCAACUAGGAGAUUUUAAUUUGGUUUUAAAUUAUUCAUCCCCUGUGCAUACGCUCAUGCUACACAUACAUCUUAGAGAGGAAGAGUAGGUAUCCUAGCACUGUUACCUUGGGCUAGUAUUUCACGCUCACCUACUAUGGUCCCUAGCUGUCUCUCCUUUCUAAAAAUGCUGGGUGGUGGAGAAAGGCCCUUAGCAGAGGUGACGGUCUCUCGUUUCCUACUGAGGUGGAAGCUUCCCCUGGGCUAGGUUUGAGCACAGACAAUCAGGAGGAAAUGUCCUUUGUGGGGUGCUGCCUGCUGGCUUGGGAGAAAUGUCCUCACUAUGUCCUCUGCAGCCUAGUAGGAGGAAGUACUGAAGUUAGGAUCACGAGCAUACUGAGGCUAAGCCCUGUGUACAAUGGAGUGGUACAAGGAAUGCUGCUUUUCUAGAGGCUACUGUGCUAAAUCCCUGGUAACAAGAACUUCCCAUCUGAAGUUGUCAGUACAAGUACCCUGGUCUCUCCCUGGGUGCUGCUGCUGAUUGGCUGCUACCCAGACCUUUAAGGAGAGUUCUUGUGCCAAGUGGAGCCCAGCUUCUCUCCGGUUCUGACCUGGGGCCUGGCACCCUGUCGGUGGAGCCUGCCUUCUCCUGAUGUUCCUGGCUGGAGAGACAGUUCCCUGAUCUAUGCCUGAGGUGCCAGGCUGAAGUUGCUGUACUUGAUGCUAGGGGAUACUUUUCCUUUUUGCCAGCCUGAAUGGAAAUGUAUCGUUCUUAUGCACUGUAGAAAUGUAUGUAAUAUAUUUAAAUCAAUGCAAGUAUCUUCAUAA